AUGGAUAACUUAUUGAAUCAAAAAAACCAGGAUAUUGUUUUACUCGCUCCAGGAAAUUCUGUUAAUAUAGAGGUUCCUACUAUCAAUGUUGAUACAAACCAAGAAAAUAAUGGUAUUAAUGACUCGAAUGUCGAAGAGGCAACUNUUUAUCUCUCACAAUUGAAACUUAACAAUGCGCCCGGGGAAGAACAACGCCAAGGAGAAAUAUACUUAACAAAAUUGAAGCAGCAGGCUGCGGAAAACAAAAUUGGGACUACGCUACACCACCAAAUGUUAAGGGAUUCUACAAUUGAAGUGAGAGGGAAUGUAGACCAUAUUAAUCGGUAUCUUUUUCUUGAUGAAAAUGGACAACCACAGGAAGCAGAAAAUAUAGCUUUUGAUUUUGGAAAUCCUGCUCUCAACCAAAUGUAUUCAUUAAUUAGAAGGGACAUGAAUGCACUAACAAAUCGGAUGGACCGAAAAUUUGGCAACAUGGACAGAAAAUUGGAUCGAAAAUUUGAUAAUAUCGACCAAAAAUUUGGUGUUAUGGACCAAAAAUUUGGUGUUAUGGACGAAAAAUUUGGUGGUAUGGACCGAAAAUUUGGUGAUAUGGACCGAAAAUUUGGUGGUUUGGAAAGACUCAUUAUGAGCCAGGAGAACCGGUCAAAGAAUAAGCUAUUGGCAUCUGGAGCUGACAUGGACUCGCCAAAUGCUUAUCUUCCUAUUUAUAAUGAUAGUGGACAACACCCUAAUGACUGUGGUCUCCAAUCAUUAACAUCGCUUGAUCAAAUUAAUCGAAUGAAUGGAAUAUUAACUGAUCAGUAUUUAAGGUUUUACAGACUAGGCACCACUCGUCUUGUCUCGGAAAAAAAAGCCAGAUUAAUGGAAUACAUCGGAAUUCAUGAAAGAAUUGUUGUGAAUUCAAUACGUGGUGCACCACCGGUCUGA